GGCCCCCGAAGUGUUUCUGCCCUCUCUCCCUCACAACUCGCUCGCAAGAGAGCCAACGAUCGAGAAGCCCAAAGAGCCAUCCGCGCCCGCACUAAGGAACACAUCGAGCGGUUGGAGCGCGAGUUGAAGGAGCUCAAGAGCAAGCAGAGCCACGACCAGACUGUCCAAGAGCUGCUAUGCCGCAAUAAGGCGCUCGAGGAAGAGCUGAUGCAGCUCAAGGAGAACAUACGAGUGUCAAUGGCUCUGUCGCCUCAGUCCAUACUAGUCUACGACAACAACCUCAGCGCUGGUAGCGAUGCCAUUUCUAGUCCCCGGGGAUCACUAUUCCCUAGUGAUUACAAGACUUUCCCUGACUACAACCAACAUUAUGUCCCUCUACCUCAUAAUUGCGAAUCCUGGGCAAGCACCGUCCCCUACCCUGUCCCCUCCGACUUUUCCAGCCCAGCAUCAUCAGCCGACGACUACAGCGCUAGAUACCCCCCAACCAGCGAGCCCAUCUCGAUUCUCCUCCAAAACAACACCGGCUCCUCAAGCAUCAGCGCUGUGGGCUACAAGGGCGUUAUCAAGAUGGGUUAUAACGUGGCGGACAAUCACGGUACGAUCCCCAAGGAUUUCCUUAGCUCGACGUGA